GUACACGUCAGGGUCUGUGCAAGCUCGCGUCAAUCCUCCGCGAACUGAAUCCAGCAACCUUUUCUCCUUCAUGCCGUGCUUCAUGCCCUGUCGAGGGACCCAGCAUUUGCGUCCGAGGCGCACGUUUUUGCUAUUUGGUCUUCGAACUGUGAUUCCGGCCGGGCAAUGGCCUCUUCAUGGCGCAUCGAUCGCGUCUGUGCCGUCGUUCUCAAACGCGGGACAAACGGGUUUACCAAGAACCUUCACGAUCCGACGUUUCACGUCUGUUGCAAAGCAUCUUCAACCGUAUGUCUCGCGAGCUACGAGUAACUCACUCUGCAAGGUAUCUUGUAGAGAGGGGAACUCUAGAGACCAAUCUCGCCUGCGCUGGCGAAAAUGUGAGAACAAAGGGUCGAUCCGAGCAGGCGGUGACGAGCUUGUGCUUCCAUCCAUUUGCUACGACUCUCCGAAGCGCCUGCUCAGAUGCAACCACAUGCACGACUACGGGUCGGUCGCAGCGACCCAGAGAAACGUGCAUCCUCGCACAGGCGCCGCAUGGAAACCUCCAGUGUAAGGUAUGGGCCGUAUGGCUUCUUGGCUCUAUUGAUUUUUCCUCUCUAUUCUUAGUAGAGACGGAUCGACUUCUCCCAGCCGUGGAGUGACGUGCCUUUGCACCUAUCAACUAAUUCACCGCCGUCUUUCGUUAACCUGAUCUUAUUUUCCUCUUUCUUUUUCUAUUUGUGGCCGGCCGCAACCCUAAAGGACUGGAUUUCACCAAAGAAGAAGUCGCCAUCCUAAACAUUUUCGCACCUUCCUAUCAGAUUGAACGACAAUACCAACACUCCACCUGAAUAACUAUUCACGACAUUCGCUCGCCUAAUAAUCCCUAAGAUUUCCUUCUUCUUCUUCUUCUCUCUCC